CAAUCAUGUCAGAGUUUCCAUUGGCCCAAAGCUAACGUGGGUGGUAGUAAUAGACGCAAUAUGCUUGUUUGAUUGGCGCAAAUGGUCCCCAUCUGUAGAUAUGUACUUUUUAAUGAUACAGCACAAUUUUAUAAUUUAUAUCAAAUUAUUUCGCGGACCUCCUGACAGAGUGCCACGGACCCCUGGGGGCCCCCACUUUGAGAAUCUAGAGGAGUGCUGUUAAUUAGCUGACCUCACUGACAAUAAAAGCUCUGUGUUGACACUCUUCUCUUACUGACUACAGGGGGAAUAUAAUGCAACCAAGUACAAUAACCCUGUAAUAACUAUAUUCCCUUUUUUUGUUCCUGUCGGUGUUUUUUUCCAGUGUGUUUCCUUCUGCAGUUUAGUUAGUUAUCUAUUAGAGGAGGCUGUUGCAUGCUGGAUGUGAGCCACUGAGAUCUCCAGAUGUAGCAGUGCAAACGCGUGGCACCAUGCCUGGGGAUUACUGUUCACAGCGCUCUAAAUACGGGUAUGUGUUUUGUACAGUUAAAUGGUAAGCCAAGGGAUGGGCAGGAUGGAAUAUCCACUCUCAGUGAAAGUUGUUGGUAGAUUGACGACUGACUGCGAGGACAGCUAUGCUGAGGGGGAUUAGUGAAGGGCUGGAUGCACUACAAUCUCUUCAAUCCAAUGGAUAAACACAACCACCACUGCCAUGUUUCAUCAGUCUAAUGAACGGGCACUUCUACUGAACAAGGAGAAGCCUUAAAUUAAUCAAAGUGUGUGAAAUUUUUAACAGUUGAGUAGUAAUACAAGAAAAGGUGACUGUUGCUCUUUAUGCAUGUUUGUUCGAAGACCUACAGCAACAGAUGUGUUGUCAGUAUUCUAAUAUCGGGAGGAGGGGUGGGGGGGAUUAAAUCAAAAGGCUGCUCUAGUGAUUUGCCAGCGCUUUAGCUUUGAUGGAAAGGGUUGCAGGGAGCUUUCCAGUCAGAGCCAGCAGCGUACCGAAGGAACGAUGGGUGUGUGAGGGCUACAACAGGCCAAAGGGGAAGCAACAAGAAAUUCACCUUGAACUAAAAGUUGCUCCAAAAGCUCUGUCGGCAUAGUGGGGAUUAAAGGGACAUAUCAACAGCUGACAUGAGGCUGGCCGGUGUUGGGGUCCGGGCCCGGAGGGCUGCGGAGCCGUCAGAACCAAAAUCAGAGGAAGCAACAGAGCCGGCUCACCAUGAGCACUCCCAUUCAGAACACCAUGAGCACCCGCAUACAGAACAUCACCCCGGCCACGACUACAACCACAUGAAGGAGAAGUUCAUGAAUGAACUUGGUCAUCUGCCAAUGCCCGUGUGGGCGGUCGCAGCCAUCGUUGUGGUGGUCCUGGUUUUGGUGGCGUGCUGCAUCUUCUGUCUUUUCAAGAAGUGCUUAGGGAAAAAGAAGAAGCCAAAGAAAGUGAGGGAGAGGAAGACGGGUCGUCGCAAAAAGGACAAGGAAGGCGAAGGAGAGGCUGGAGAGAAGGAGGGCGAGGUGAAGAAAGAAGGAGAGGAAGAGGAGAAAGAGCAGGAAAAAUUGGGCAGGCUGGAGUUCUCGUUGGACUACAACUUCACAGAUGCUCAGCUUAUAGUGGGCAUCCUUCAGGCCCAGGACCUCGCUGCUAUGGACAUGGGGGGGACCUCAGACCCCUACGUCAAAGUCUUUUUGUUGCCAGACAAAAAGAAGAAGUACGAGACCAAAGUUAUACGCAAGAAUUUAUGCCCCGUUUUCAACGAGACUUUCAUUUUCAAGAUCCCGUAUGCAGAGUUGGGCGGAAAGACUUUGGUGCUGCAAGUUUUUGACUUUGACCGUUUCUCCAAGCAUGAUAUAAUCGGCGAGAUAAAGAUUCCCAUGAACAGCGUCGAUUUGGGCCAGCCGAUGCAACAAUGGAGAGACGUGGAGAGUGGUGAAAAGGAGGAGCAAGAAAAACUGGGCGAUGUUUGCAUUUCUUUGCGGUAUGUACCCACUGCUGGAAAACUGACAGUGAACAUCAUGGAGGCAAAGAAUCUGAAGAAAAUGGAUGUCGGUGGCUUAUCAGACCCGUAUGUGAAGAUUGUUCUGCAGCAAAAUGGGAAACGGAUCAAGAAGAAAAAGACUACAGUCAAGAAAAACACGCUCAAUCCUUACUUUAAUGAGAGUUUCAGCUUUGAUGUCCCCUUUGAGCAGAUACAGAAAGUGCAGGUCGUCAUCACAGUGUUUGACUACGAUAAACUUGGGAGCAACGACCCCAUUGGAAAGACCUUCAUGGGUUACGGAGCUACAGGCGUUGGCCUGCGCCACUGGUCAGAAAUGCUUGCCAACCCCAGACGUCCAGUAGCCCAGUGGCACACUCUCCUGCCAGAGGAAGAAGUUGACGCGGCAAUCAAAGCAAAACCUCGUUAA